CGCCGAAAACCGAACAAUAUAUAUACAGCAAACCCGGAACAACAGGACGAAUUUAGUCGACAGAAAUCACCAUACAACACUAGCCAGAAUGGCUCCCCAAACACCACUGACCGGCGUCGAGGUCGCCAAGCACAACACCAAGGAUGACUGCUGGGUCAUUGUCCACGGCAAGGCCUACGACAUCACAGAGUUCCUCCCCGAGCACCCCGGUGGCAUGAAGAUCAUCCUCAAGUAUGCCGGCAAGGACGCUACCGAGGAGUUUGAUCCCAUCCAUCCCCCAGACACCCUCGAGAAGUACCUGGCCAAGGACAAGCACCUGGGCCCCGUCGACAUGUCCACCGUCGUGACUGAGAAGGCCGAGGUUGAUCCUGAGGAGCAGGAGCGCUUGAAGCGCAUUGAGGAGAUGCCCUUGCUCGAGCAGUGCUACAACCUGCUUGACUUUGAGGCUGUGGCCAAGAGGGUUAUGAAGAAGAAUGCCUGGGCUUACUACUCUAGCGCGGCGGAUGAUGAAAUCACUCUUCGCGAAAACCACGCCGCCUUCCACCGUAUCUGGUUCCGCCCCAAGGUUCUGGUUGAUGUCGAAAAGGUCGACUUUAGCACCACGAUGCUCGGAACCAAGGUUGAUAUUCCCUUCUACGUCACCGCCACUGCCCUUGGCAAGCUCGGCCACGUUGAGGGUGAGGUUCUGCUCACUCGCGGCGCCAAGAAGCACAACGUUGUCCAGAUGAUCCCCACUCUCGCCUCCUGCGCCUUUGACGAGAUCAUGGACGCCGCCGAGGGCGACCAGGUCCAGUGGCUGCAGCUCUACGUCAACAAGGACCGCGCCAUCACCGAACGCAUCGUCAAGCACGCCGAAAAGCGCGGCUGCAAGGCCCUCUUCAUCACCGUUGAUGCGCCCCAGCUCGGUCGUCGUGAGAAGGACAUGCGCGUCAAGUUCACCGACGACGGCAGUAACGUCCAGAAGGGCCAUGAGACCAAUCGCAACGAGGGUGCGGCCCGCGCCAUCAGCAGCUUCAUCGACCCCGCCCUCAGCUGGAAGGACAUUCCCUGGUUCCAAAGCAUCACCAAGAUGCCCAUCAUCCUCAAGGGCGUCCAGCGCGUCGAGGACGUGAUCAAGGCCGUUGAGGCGGGCGUGCAGGGUGUUGUUUUGUCCAACCACGGCGGCCGCCAGCUCGAGUUCGCCCGCUCGGGCAUUGAGGUUCUUGCCGAGACCAUGCCGGUGCUGCGCGAGCUCGGCCUGGAGGACAAGAUCGAGAUCUACAUCGACGGCGGCAUCCGUCGCGCCACCGACAUUCUCAAGGCCCUCUGCCUGGGCGCCAAGGGUGUCGGUAUCGGCCGCCCCUUCCUGUACGCCAUGUCGGCGUACGGAUUCGAUGGUGUUGACCGCGCCAUGCAGCUGCUCAAGGACGAGAUGGAGAUGAACAUGCGCCUAAUUGGCGCGACCAAGAUCGAGGACCUCAACCCCGGCAUGCUGGAUCUCAGGAGUCUAUACAACCACGGCGCACCGCCAACGGAUACGCUGUCGAACAUCUCGUAUGACGCUCUGAUUAGCCCGGCGCAGAGAGUCAAGUUUGCGGAAAAGUCCAAGAUCUAGAAGGUGUUUAUCUGUUUAAUGAUUUGUAUUUGAUGAAGAGAUGGAUAUAUCCUGGUUUUUUUUUUCUUUUUCUUUUUUUUUCUUCUUCUUCUUUUUUUUUCUUUUUAUGGUUUUUCCCCCUUGGGGUAAAGGGGGUU